AAGAAAGACGGCGCGAGCGCAUCCGGGUUAGUUGUAAUAACAGCGUUGUGUCCGAGGUGGUCAGAUGGAUCACUUUAAUCAGACUUUAAAGCAGGACUGUGAGGAUUUACUCUCGCGGUUUCAGACCACAGGGUCCGUGCGCUUCGAGGAGUUCUCAGCCCUCUGGAGAGAAAUGAAAUUCUCAACUAUAUUCUAUGGGAUCCUGGAGCCCAGUGAGAAGAAGGUCUUCACUCGUUCGGCUCUGUGUGCCGCCUCUCCGUAUCUUCUCCCUCCGUACUCCUUCCAGAUCCGCGUGGGAGGUCUUUACCUGCUCUACAGCCUCUACAGCACUCAGCUCAGCACUCCUAAAGAGCGGAUCCGUAUCGCCUUGAAGGACUGGGAGGAUCUGAUCCGUUUCCAGCAGGACGCCAUGAACGCUCAGCACUAUGACGUGGUCUACAUCCUCACAACACUGCUGCAGGACAAAGCCUUCUGUUUCACCGCCAUGCCCAACACACUGUCCUUCCAGGUGAAGAAGAAGCGAGUGGACCGGAGGCAGAAGCUCUGCGAGACAUUUGUGGACCGUCCGACUCGACCUCAGGAGCUCAUCAGCACCAACUUGCUCGAGGAGCUGGCCAACGUCCACGAGCACUACGAAGGGCUGAAGAACUCUGUCCUGCAGCCGCAGUCGCCCCGGUCCGAUCUGAGUCUCAUCAAACAGAACCUGGUGCCCAAUCUGCACAGCACCGUUCUCUCCUUCUGCAGCUGGCAGCAGAACCAGGCUGACUUGGACAGUCAGAGCGACAGAGACGCAGGAGAAGGACCAUCGAAUCAGGAAGAGAGUUCCCAUAGAGCUCAGCUCCUGGCCUCCAUCAAAUCCAGGUCUUACUCUCAGGCUGUGGAGGCGUUGAGGUCUCGGCGUCACAGACAAGUGGAGGUGACAUCGGCGCAUCGGGACAAAGAGUCCCUGCUGCAAGCCUCCAGGUUCAAGAGACCACCGUCGCUUAAAGCACGCACCAAAUCACGCUUCAUGACCCAGGAAAGCGAGAGCUCGGAGCUACAGAGCAUGACCAGGUUGUGGCGUCUGACUGCAGUGGAGGGAGAAAGGACUGAAGGAAAAAAGAAGAGAAGAUUCAUCUGGAAAGAGCGCAUGCGCAGUAAACCCUAAGAAAACCAGAGUGGCUGGACGGGGUCAUGGGCCAUGUCUAAUUUUACAGGAUUAUGUUAAGUCGUGUCUGAUUGGACAGACGCAUGACGUGUCAAAUCUGAUUAAAAUAGCUUGUGACAAAGUCAAAUUUGAUUGGACGAGGCUGAUUGAACUGAGGCGGACUGAUUGGACCAAAUUUAAUAACUAAACUGAUAAGUCGUAUUUGAUUGGACAAGCUUGUGAUGAAGCUUAUUUUAUUGGACGAGCUUGUGACAAGUCACGUUUAAAUGGACAAGCUUUUUGAUUGGACAAGCUUUUUGAUUGGACAAGCUUGGGACAAGUCAUGUUUAAUUGGACGAGCUUCUGAUGAAGCUUAUUUGAUUGGACGAGCUUGUGACAAGUCACGUUUAAUUGGACAAGCUUGGGACAAGUCAUGUUUAAUUGGACGAGCUUCUGAUGAAGCUUAUUUGAUUGGAGGUGUUUGUGAUGAAGAUUAUUUGAUUGGACAAGCUUGUGACAAGUCAUGUUUGAUUGGACGAGCUUCUGAUGAAGCUUAUUUGAUUGGAGGUGUUUGUGAUGAAGAUUAUUUGAUUGGACAAGCUUGUGACAAGUCAUGUUUGAUUGGACGAGCUUCUGAUGAAGCUUAUUUGAUUGGACGAGCUUGUAACAAGUCAGAUUUGAUUGGACGAGCGUGUGACAAAGCUAAUUUGAUUAGACAAGCUUGUUAAAAGUCAUGUUUGAUUGGACGAGGUUCUGAUGAAGCCUUUUAGAUUGGAUGAGCUUGUGAUGACUCAAAUUUGAUAGACAAACUAAUGAGUCAUAUUUGAUUGGACAAGCUUGUGAUGAAACUUUUUUGAUUGGACGAACUUAUGGCAUGUCCUGUUCGAUUAGACUUGUCUAAAGUCAUAGAUUAUUGGACUUUUGAUGGGUCGUGUAAAAUUUUAGAAGCUUUUUAAUCUCAUUCCCCUCAGACAUCAGACUUUGAGCCCACUGUUUUAUCUGUAAUAGGUGAUGCAUGAUUGGGACUCGAGUGACAGGUAUUAUUUAACUUAUAGCAUGCUGCAUUUGAUUGGAUAGGCUUGCAUCAGGAUGCAUCUGAUUGGACGAGCUGAAAACGGCACAUUUGUUCGGCUGAAGUAGGACAGGAUUGGACCUUGUAGCUGGACAGAUUUGUGACCUAUUGUCUCUGAUUCUGUCACCUCUUUCCAAAAGUUGUAUCUGAUUGGACACGUCUGUUACAGGUCACAUCCGAUUGGACGGAGUCGUGUGGCAGAUGUCUUCUGAUUGGAUGUCAUGUUGUUGUUGUUUUUAUGUUUAUGUUCUGAAAAGAAAAUAUGUAAAGAGAAAUGAGAUUCAAAAGAUGGGCUUUUAUUUGACGUGUAUUUUUAUCCCACAUUGUUUUAUCUCUUUAAUACUGUGUAUAUAUGGA